AAUGAAUGAAGAUCCCCGCACGCUGGGGUAAUAGCUUGCAUAUAUAUAAUCGUUCUCCCAGUUAUGCUUACUUGAAAAUUUCCCUUCUUCUCUAUACGCCUUGCUUCUGUUGUGCCUAGUCUCGUUCGCUCACUCCCCAUUCCUACACCGGGCCGGGUACUUGUGUGAUUAUAUAAUAGGCUCAUCUGGCCCCGAAACCUGUCAACGGACACAAAUCGCGAGUAUGACACCUACUGCAUGGGCGGACGAUCCCUUUCGGGGCACCGCGGACGAUGGAUCCCCCGGGGACAUGCAUCUCCAUCUCGAAGGCGAGAGUCCACUACCUCCUCCCGCCCAGUCUAUACCAUUCGAUCAUCACGACCGUCACAUUGUCGACCGGUACCCAGAAUCCGAUGAUGAGCGAAGUGACGACACCAGCUCCAUCUACACCAUCGACACCAGAACCGUCUUCAGUCUAAAUAAUGACUCGGUUGUUACGGGACCAACUGGCUCAGCGCCAUCUUACAAGGGACACGAGAGCGAUGAUGGAAAGGAGACUAUCACUGUCUCUAGCUUCAAUAGCCGAUUAACCGUUGAUUUAAAAGCAACUUCAGAUGCCCCGCGACCCCCUAGCUCGAGCCUAUUCAUCCCGGGCAUCAGUCCAGGGGACGAUGCACCUAGCCUUGCUAUUACACCACGGAUGAAUUCGGCUACGAACUGGGUCAGCGGCUCCGAACAUGCUCCCAGUUUUCUAGACGGCGCGUCAGUCGCCGUUUCGCCUUCUGUCAAAGAAGGCAUUGCCCGCUUCGAGGCUGAACUGGACUCUGAAAACAUGCAAUCUACCUCCGACUCCGAUUCCGGUACUGAUUCGGUUCCUAGCAAUCCCGCGAUUGUUCCAGCUAUUAGCGCAAUGGUCAAUAAAAGGGGCUCGCUAGGUUACACUAUGAUAUACAAAAAAGCCAAUUCAGACAUGCUGAGUUCGCAUCAGUUGAAAGAAAUCUUGGAGCCAAAGAACAUGCGAUAUAUCUGCAACCUCCCUCUUCUAGGCGAUCUAGGGGUUUUGGACUCUCUUAAUGCUCCGGUAGAGACUCAAUCUGAUACAUCUAACCUACGCAAGGACGAAGUCAUCAAUUACUUGUUCGAGAUGAUCACGCCUGUGCUUCAUGAGGCGGCCCCGAAGAUAAAAUGCUCUGUGCGCGGGUCGUCUGUAAUUGAUGCGGCCGCUCUCCGAUUCGGCUUGGAUAAAACAAUCGUUCUUCACCAUCUCGAAAGCGGUGAGCCUAUCAAGUUUGUCUGCUGCGAUGAGACCUUCCCGUCUUUGGACUGGGCCACCGAAACUGUCAAGGCAUUCCUCGAAGGUGCUAGCCCUUGGGCUGAGGCUGGUUUGAAAUUUGAACCUGUCGACCGCAACGAACCUGCCCAUUUCCGGAUUGCCUUUUCUCUUUUUCAUGCAGACCUAGACUGCAGCGUUCUCGCCCAGGCCUUCUUCCCCGCUGCGCCACAGCCGGAAGAUCGCACCUUGUGGGUGUACUUGACGGCCUUCCACCCGCAGUAUCGCAGCCAUCUGGCCGGCUACAUGGGACACGAAGCUGGUCAUAUCGGCGGUUCGAGGCAUUCAUUUGAUGAGUUCAUACCGCAACAUGAUGGCACGCUGCGCGAGUUGGAGUCGGUCACCAUGGGACCCCACAACCCUAAAAGUGUGAUGAAUUACCACGAUGACCCGGCCAACUACAUUGUCCAGCCAUCGGACAUCUGUGACAUGAGGGACAUGAACAGCUAUACUCAACAGGAAUACAAGGGGUACGAGGUCCGCAGAGUCGUGCCAAAGAACGAAGUUUAUGAAUUGAUGCCCUCAUUUGAGUUUGUGAUGAAGUUUCUACGCCGCAAGGCUAGGGAGUCUUAAGAGACUUAGCCUGGGAUGCACUUGUAUGUUGGAGAAACAGAGUAUAUGACGUUAACGAACUGGGUCACGCGAUUAUGUAUUUAAAAAUUCGGACGGUCUUGCAUGGAUAUAGAUUGAUACCCUUGAUGUCAUAGUCUUCGGUGCUAAUUGUGCUCGUAUCGACCUAUCGUCGUCACUUGAGGAGGUGCCCUCAAUCCCAAGUCCCCCUGGGAUGUGUAGAGCUAGUCAGUUUAUGACAAAAUUGUAUAUAACGACGAGCAUCUAUAUUAGUAUCGAGUUAAGCUAAAAGGAAGAAUACACGAUUACCAUAAACAAA